AUGGCAUUUUCUAGCCAUCAGCCGAUACUCUCGCUCCCGAGCACUGAGGUUCCGAGCUGGCUAUUCCUCUUCGUCUUCGUGGCGUUAGCUUCAGUUCGUGCUAGAGCAGCCUCCCCGGACUCCGAUUCCGACGACACCUUGUCCGACUUCACCAACGACCUAUUCACGGAUCUAGGGCCUCUUUUGGCCCUGUUCGGUGAGCAGAUGACGAAGCAAUACAUUAGCGAAAGUGCAACCUAUUACGAUUAUUUCAUCUUCGGCAUGGGCCCCAUUGGUGUUAUCAGGACUAUAGUGUCUACCAUCCGCCUCUGUGGACCUGCAUCUCUACGUGCUUUCAUCGGAAGAUCGCAAGAGGGUAACAGUGCGAUUGAAGCUGAGCUUUGUACUUCGACAAGUCGUGACGUGUGCGAGGUUUUCAACAAUGGCGGUAUUACUCGUGUCCUUGGUCGACCUAAACUUCUCGAGCUUAUCCGUACGCCAAAGUACUACCUCCCCUACAUGGAAGCGUAUUCCCAUCGCGAAAUUAAUCGGAAAUCUGGCUUGUAUCUAUUCCGAGAUUUCGUAGAAGACGCCCAACGUGCAUGGAACCCGGAUUCAAAGCUAGAAUGGAGUCUCCCCCUAUCUCAACAGCUCAGUCCGGCUUCACAAAAUCCGCCCAACCUAUCGCUCAACAUUGGUAUCACUCAAUACAAUACAUGGGUCUUUUGCCUUGUUGCCUUAGUUGGGCUAAUCCUCCAAGCCGGCGUGCUUGUGGUUGCCGGCGUGGGCGUUUGGGUCUUGGGUUGGAACCUGAGCGAGGGUACUACAGCAUCGAAGAAUUACGCGCCCACCAUUUUCAUUAUUGGGUUUCAUCCACUAGCUCAGGACGGCGCUGGAAGAACUGCGCUGGGUUACUGCGCUGAGUAUGGUCAGUUUGAGCACGAGGUCUGCGCAGAACUAAUUCUGAGCCAUGGGAAAGCAUUGGAAGCGUUGAAGUGUGUGUCAUGGUUUACGGAUGACGGGUGUACUCCGCUCCUGUUGGCAAUCGACCAGGGCCACGAAGAGAUGGUACGGAUACUUUUGAAGAAUGGAUGUGCUGUGAACGAACAAGGAGGCCGGGAGUUUUCCCCAUUAAGCGACCUCUCACCUCUGGGCGAUGCGAUUACAAAGGGGCUUGAGGACAUUGUGAGGCAGCUCAUUGACGCAGGAGCCGAGCUUCGACCAGAUCACAUCGACGCUGCAAGAUACAUCAACUCACCUGGUAUAAAGCAGCUGAUAUUUGGUUACUUGAGACUCUUGGUUUACGAGUCCCCAGAUUCUUGGAUGGGGCACCUGCCCAACGUCAUCGAGCACGGCGAUUUUAAGGCCGUAAAACUACUGCUAGAUCGCGGGGCCAAAAACUUAUUUUUGAAACUGGUUCACAACUAUGUAGCCGAGUUCCCGAACCACACGAAAGAAUGGCUGUUGAAGUUGGCGGAAGAAGACGACCGUGACACCCUGCGCGCACUACUUGAUAACGGCGCCUCAGCCGUCUGGGACGGUGCCUAA